AGAAACGAAGUAUUUAAAGAACCUCAUUAUUAUUCCAGUGAGUGGAGUGAAAGACAGUUCUUUUCCAGAAUGGCUGCCCCUAUCACAGACCAGGAGAAGCGCAAACAAAUUAGUAUCAGAGGUAUUGUUGGGGUAGAAAAUGUUGCUGAACUGAAGAAGGGUUUUAAUCGACACCUACACUUUACCCUUGUGAAGGAUAGGAAUGUCGCGACUCCACGCGAUUACUACUUUGCACUGGCGCAUACUGUUCGAGACCACUUGGUUGGCCGAUGGAUCCGAACUCAACAGUUUUACUAUGAAACUGACCCCAAGCGGGUUUAUUACCUGUCUCUUGAGUUCUACAUGGGCAGAACUCUGCAGAACACAAUGAUCAACUUGGGCCUGCAGAACGCCUGUGACGAGGCUAUCUACCAGCUUGGCCUGGAUAUGGAGGACCUGGAGGAGAUGGAGGAGGAUGCAGGGCUGGGGAACGGGGGCCUGGGGAGGCUGGCAGCCUGUUUCCUGGACUCCAUGGCGACCCUGGGUCUGGCAGCCUACGGCUACGGGAUUCGCUACGAGUAUGGCAUCUUCAACCAGAAGAUAAAAGAGGGCUGGCAGGUGGAGGAGGCGGACGAUUGGCUGCGUCAUGGAAACCCCUGGGAGAAGGCUCGUCCUGAGUACAUGCUGCCUGUGCACUUCUACGGGCAGGUGGAGAAGACGACGGAUGGAUCCAAAUGGGUGGACACUCAGGUGGUGCUAGCCAUGCCCUAUGACACUCCCAUCCCUGGCUACAUGAACAACACGGUUAACACCAUGAGGUUGUGGUCUGCUCGUGCCCCCAACGACUUCAACCUGAAAGACUUCAACGUUGGCGAUUACAUCCAGGCUGUCCUCGACAGGAAUCUGGCGGAGAACAUUUCCAGAGUGCUCUAUCCCAACGAUAAUUUCUUUGAGGGGAAAGAGCUGCGUCUGAAGCAGGAGUACUUCGUGGUGGCGGCCACUCUCCAGGACAUCAUCCGACGCUUCAAGACCUCCAAGAAAGGCUCUUCCGGCCCUGUCUCUUUCCAAGGCUUCCCGGAAAAGGUGGCCAUCCAGCUGAACGACACCCACCCUGCCAUGGCCAUCCCAGAGCUCAUGAGGAUCUUUGUGGACAUCGAGAAGCUCAGCUGGGACACGGCAUGGGACAUCACCAAGCGUACGUUCGCUUACACCAACCACACGGUGCUGCCCGAGGCGCUGGAGCGCUGGCCGGUGAAGCUGCUGGAGACGCUCCUGCCCAGACACCUGGAGAUCAUCUACCAGAUCAACCAGAUCCACCUGGAGAACAUCGCAGCACUCUUUCCAGGAGACAUGAAUCGUCUUCGCAGGAUGUCCCUGAUCGAGGAGGACGGCGGUAAGAGGGUCAACAUGGCCCACCUCUGCAUCGUGGGCUCCCAUGCCGUCAACGGAGUUGCCGAGAUACACUCAAAAAUCAUCAAGACAGACGUAUUCCGUGACUUCAGUGAAAUAGAACCGGACAAGUUCCAGAACAAGACCAAUGGCAUCACUCCGCGACGCUGGCUGCUGCUCUGUAACCCUGGAUUGGCUGAGCUCAUUGCUGAGGCCAUUGGAGAGGAGUACGUGAAGGACCUCAGCCAGCUUCAGAAGCUCAAUGGCUUGGUGGAUGAUGAUGCCUUCAUCCGGGAUGUCUCCAAAGUGAAACAGGACAACAAGCUGAAAUUUGCCCAGCACCUGGAGAUGGAGUACAAGGUCAAAAUCAACCCAUCCUCCAUUUUUGACGUGCACGUGAAGAGGAUCCACGAGUACAAGCGCCAGCUCCUCAACUGCCUCCACAUCGUCACCAUGUACAACCAGAUAAAAAAGAAUCCUAUGGCACCCUUCGUUCCCCGGACUGUGAUUAUUGGUGGAAAGGCAGCUCCGGGGUACCACAUGGCUAAGAUGAUCAUCAAGCUCAUUACCUCAGUGGGAGAGGUGGUGAACAAUGACCCAGUGGUGGGGAGCAAGCUGAAGGUCAUCUAUCUGGAGAACUAUAGGGUAUCCCUGGCUGAGAAAGUGAUCCCUGCUACGGACCUCUCUGAGCAGAUCUCCACAGCGGGCACGGAGGCCUCCGGCACGGGCAACAUGAAGUUCAUGCUGAACGGCGCCCUCACCAUCGGCACCAUGGAUGGCGCCAAUGUGGAGAUGGCAGAGGAGGCUGGCGAGGAGAACCUCUUCAUCUUCGGCAUGAGGGUGGAGGAUGUGGCAGAGAUGGACAAGGACGGCUAUGAUGCCAUGAAGUAUUAUAAGAAGAUUCCAGAGCUGAAGCUAGUCAUUGACCAGAUCAAGACCGGCUUCUUCAGUCCUAAGAAUCCAGAUCUCUUCAAGGACAUCACAGACAUGCUUUUCAACCAUGACCGCUUCAAAGUGUUUGCUGACUUUGAGGAAUAUAUGAAGGCCCAGGAGAAAGUCAGCAAACUGUACCAGAACCCGAAGGAGUGGACCAAGAUGGUGAUCAAGAACAUCGCUGCCACGGGGAAGUUCUCCAGCGACCGGACCAUCACGGACUACGCCACGGAAAUAUGGGGGGUGGAGCCCACAGACCUCAAGAUCCCACCCCCUAACGAGCCCCGCGAGGCCAUCGAGGAGAAGGCCAAGGCUGUGAGGAAAAUAUGAAGCUGCAAGCAUGAGGGUUUCAUGUCAGAUAACGAGUGUCGUAGGGUGGCUCUGUAGGUCUACACACUGGACAGGAUUAACCGUAGCUGGUCAAAGUGUGUGUGUGUGUGUGUGUGUGUGUGUACUGAAAAAUACUUGUUUGUUACAUAGCCUCUGCAGAAACAAAAUGUUCUAUUGUAAUAGCUUUGUCUAAAUCUUUUUGAAAUUGUGUUCUGUUGUAGUUUUGUGUGUGUGCAUGCCAUCUAGGCCAUUCAACCUUUUAUUAAUAUGAAUGGGAGAAAACAUUUUUUAUUUGAGAUCAAAGGAUUCUUCAAAUUGUUUUUUCACUUUAAUAAACUGCAGUGGGUCAGUC